GGUUUUAUUGCCGGAUUGGUGAAAUUGGACGAACCGUUAAUGAAUAUAGUCUUGCCGCUAUUGGAGGAGAUCAUAAAGCAUUACCCGGAGGGAAGAGCGUUUGUCACAAAGACAGUGGAGGAAUUGCUUUUCAAAGGCUACUAUCUGCCAUUCAUUGAAGACGUGGCUUCUUUCUUAAUAAUGAAUUUAACAUUAUCUGAAGAAUUCGUUCAAGACAUGCUGAGUCAGCUACUACCACCCGAUAUGUGGGACUUCCAUUUUGCAUUCUAUCGAGAUAUCGCGAGGAACGGGACGGUGGACGGGCCCUACCUUGUUGGAACAGGAGAAGACGAUCCCUCCGAUUUUGGAAGGAUUCAUCUCUGGCACGGAGAAUCCAUGCACUACAUGGAGCCUUGGAGUUCGGAGGAGUGCAAUGCCAUCAACGGCACUGACGGAACUGUCUUCCCUCCAUUCGUUGACACGGAGACCCUUCUCUACACUUUUGUAACCGAC